CAAGCAAACCACUUCUGAAGACUUUUCAAGUCUUCCAUGCCCCACUUCUCAGUUCCCAAUAACAGGUUCCAGGCUCUGCACCCACUACCCUAUUCUCAUGCUACAAUGAGUUCCACCUUCCUACCACGUUUUACCCCUCUCUACGUUGUCUUCUUCCUAAGCCACCUCUCCAGCACCGUCGACAGCGGCUCGCCGUCUCCGUAUAAUUACCCUCCAACCGACUAUAUUCUUCUCAACUGUGGUUCCACUGCCAACUCCACUGCUGAUGGUCGGACCUGGACUGGAGAAAUGAGUUCAGACUCCCUGCUCAUUGAACAAUCACCAAACCAAUCCUCUGUUGCUAUUAACACCUCUGAGAUCGGCAAAUUGCCCUUUACCACAGCCCGGGUCUCUCUUUCCCCGUUCACCUACGUAUUCCCCGUCACCGCCGGCCAAAAGUUCAUUCGACUAUACUUCUACCCGGCCUCGCACUCCGGUUUUGAUCGUUCUAAAGCUUUCUUCUCCGUCAAAGCUGGCCCUUUUACUCUUCUUAGCAACUUCAACGCUUCACUUACGGCAGAUGCGGAUGAGGAUCCGGCCGAAACAAUAUUCAGAGAAUACUGUGUCAACACUGAGGAGCAUCAGAGGUUUAACAUAAUCUUCACUCCAUCUCCGAACGUUCCCAACUCCUAUGCUUUUAUCAACGGAAUCGAAAUAUGGCCGAUGCCUUCUAAUCUCUAUUACAGUCCAGCGGAGGAUCAAGGAUUUUCUUUAAUCGGCGAGAACAACCAGUACAGCAUCAAGAAGAGCACUGCUCUCGAGACGGUAUACAGAUUAAAUGUUGGAGGGCGCUCCAUCUCACCCUCGGAAGACACCGGAAUGUUCCGGAGCUGGAUUCAGGACGACAAGUACUUGAAAGAACAUGAAGGAAUAUUAUUUUUACCUUUCAACGACACCAUCAAUUUAAGCUUUACCAAAGUACCUGAAUACACAGCACCGGCAGAGGUCUAUCGGACUGCUCGAACUAUGGGGACCGACUCAGCUAUCAACCUGAGCUACAAUCUGACCUGGGAAUUCUCCGUUGAUUCUGGGUUUUAUUAUUUCAUAAGGCUACACUUUUGCGAGUUUCAACCAGAGAUUAACAAAGCCCAAGAUAGAAGGUUCCGUAUUUUCAUAGCAAAUUAUACGGCUGAGAAACGCGCGGCCGACGUCAUUCAAUGGGGUGGUGGUGAAAAAGGCGUGCCCGUGUAUAGGGACUAUGCUGUUUUUAUGGUUGAUAAAUUAGGAAGCCACAGGAAAGUGAACCUCUAUAUUGCAAUAGGAGCAGAACCGCAAUGGACUACCUACCACGAUGCAAUAUUGAAUGGCGCCGAAAUAUUUAAAGUGAGCGACAUCGAUAGCAAUAAUCUGGCCGGACCCAACCCCGACCCUCUUCCGUUGCCACCACAGAUUGCGCCUCCAAGGCCAUCGUCGAAGCUGAAGAAUAAUGAAACGAAAAUAAUUGUCGUCGCUACUGGCGGAGUAGCCGGCUUUGUUAUAGCGUCGUUUGUUGCAUUAUUGAUUUUUUGGCGGCGUAAGAGAGUCAAGGACUCGAACUCCACCUCUGGGACUACUUGGUGGGCACCAUUUUCUUGCUCUACGACCAAGUCAACCAAGACGUACGGAUCAUCUCUACCUACGUCCCUGAGUCGCUACUUUUCGUUGGCUGAGAUUAGAGCUGCCACCCACAACUUCGACGAUGUUUUCAUUAUUGGUGUCGGGGGUUUUGGAAAAGUGUACAAAGGGUACAUUGAUGAUGGGACCCACCAAGUGGCGAUCAAGCGGUUGGCACCCGGCUCUCAACAAGGGGCUCACGAAUUUGAGACCGAGAUCGAGAUGCUCUCCCAACUCCGCCAUUUGCAUUUGGUUUCCUUGAUCGGAUAUUGUAACGAUGGCAAUGAGAUGAUAUUAGUUUAUGAUUAUAUGGCUCGUGGAACUCUCCGCGAUCAUCUCUACAACACCAACAACCCACCUCUCUCUUGGAAGCAGCGGCUCCGAAUCUGCAUCGGAGCGGCGCAAGGGUUGAAUUACCUCCAUACGGGCGCAAAACACAUGAUCAUUCACCGUGACGUGAAGACCACGAAUAUCUUGCUAGAUGAUGAUUGGGUGGCCAAGGUGUCUGAUUUCGGAUUGUCCAAAAUGGGGCCUACGAGAGUGUCCAAGGCCCACGUAAGCACCGUCGUGAAGGGUAGUUUUGGUUAUUUAGAUCCAGAGUAUUUCAGGCGCCAACAAUUGACGGAGAAAUCCGAUGUCUAUUCAUUCGGUGUCGUGCUGUGUGAAGUGUUGUCAGCAAGGCCCCCCAUAUCGCGCACUGCAAAGAUGAAGCAAGCUGUGGGCCUUGCAGAAUGGGCCCGACAAAGCUAUAAGAAUGGAAAGCUUGAUCAGAUUGUUGAUCCAGCAUUGGAAGCACAAGUUGCACCCGAGUGUUUGAAGAAAUUUGGUGACAUUGCAGUGAAUUGUUUGCUUGACAAUGGUGUCGAACGUCCGUCGAUGAAUGAUGUGGUGUGGAGCCUUGAGUUCGCAUUGCAGUUACAAGAGAGCAUUGACAAAGAUGGAGAGAGAGGUGUGGCUGAAACUGAGAUGGUUGAUGCUGGGAAAGCACUUUGCUUGCCUCAGUCCAAGGGUGACUACAGUGAUAACUUGUUUAGUAGUUGUGGCCGGCAUGUGUCAAGCAGUAGUAGCAGGGGGACCAUAACAAGUAGUGAAGAGCCGUCGAAUCUUUAAUGACACUAGUUACAAAGAUUCAAGCAGAUCGAUAUCCUCAAAUUAACGUAUUGUUUUCUGAGAUUAGUACAUUGAAUUUUAGUCAUAUAUUGUAUGCAUACUAGAGCAAGGUCUUGCAUGCAAGUCAUUUUAAUUCAGUAGAGAUGCAAGAUGACGGUAGUACUCUUAUAUUAAUAGAAUUUAUAUAAUUAUAUUUUAGAUGAAGCAUGUUUUUUAAUUGGCGCACCAAUUGGCGCACUACGAUGACAUGGCAGGAGCUUUUUUUUUUUUUUUUAUUAAAAAAUGAAUUUAAAAAAAUUAAGAGAAGAUGCGAAGGGAAGAAGAUUGGCCCAUCUCCUCGGCCAUUUUCGUCUGUGUCUCCACUUGAAAAUACGAUGCGAAUCUCCUCAGCCAUUUUCAUCUCCCCUCUGCUGCAGAUUGGCUGAUCUCCUCCGCAGUUUGCCAACCAAAGGUUUUCGUCUCCCCUCGUACUUCCUCCUCUGUUCUGCAGAUUGGCCAAUGUCCACCGCGACCCACCUCCUAAGCGUCAGAUCCUGAAGGUUGGCUGCAGUCCUUCACGGCUCCACCACUCACGUGAACUCCUUUGUGUCGUCUCUGGUAGGAUUUUUACUUGGGUGAAGGUUGCACAUGAUGCAUAAUGCAUAUUGGAGGUUUUAUUUUUAUGCAAGUUCAAGCUCAUCAAUAGUUACCCAAAUCCACAAUCUCAGGGUCAGAAGGAAGGAAGCUGUUUUUUAGUUAGAGAAAAAGUCAUACUAGGCUUUUUGAGACCUGUAAUAUUUGUUGUAAUAUUUCUUUACUUGUUGUGUUUCAUUUGCAGUAAUAUUUGCCAAUUAUGAACUCAAUUCAAGAACUAUUGUUUCUCAUUUCAAUGGAAUCUCUCUAAAACCA